AUGAGCUUUCCCGCUGCAGUGCUUUGCGUGAAUUUAUCUGACCCCAUGGCGGAUGCACGGUUCCAAUCUUGCUUGGAGAAGGUCCGUGAGCUUUGGCUUCCAGGUUUCCACAUUUUUGAGACUGCCAAGCAAGCAUUCGACGUGCUUCUGACCUUUCAGUCAGAAGCUUUGGCUGAGUCCUUUCAGACACAGGAUGUGAUCCUCAAUGCCUUUUUGCUGGAUGCUUGGCUAACUUUGUUUGCUCGUUGGCUUCCCUUUGGCAUGCUCCUGGGCGUUUUGGACUUCGUGGAGCUUCGAGGCUUAGCCGGGAUUUUGUGCUUGAGCGUGGCAGUGGUGGACUCCCAUGGUCAGUCGAUCCUGGGAGCUCCUGAUCCGCUCGUAGAGCUUUGGAAGUCCUUGCAGUGGGAUGAAUCACAGCCCAACCUGGAGACCUUGCUCAAGGUGGCCGAAGGGAUGAUACCCAAAGCAAAUGAACUGCUUGCAGAGCAAUGCACAGUGUCUCGGCCCAUCACCGAUGUGAUGCUGCUGGCCUUCGAGCGACGAGGCCCGCAGAUUGUCCACAUCGACACUGGGGCAGAUAUUCUCGAUCUCCUCUCUGAGGAAUCGUGGGACAGGUGGAAGGCACAAGCUCAGAAGUUCCGCAAAGCCCCUGAAGGUGAGAAAGACAGUAAAGACAGCAGGUCCAUUGUGCGCUGUCAGAUUGAGGAAGGAUCGCAGGUGCUGUUGGAGUGCUGUCUCCCUGAUGGUUUGCACCGCAGUCUCAUGUGCUACUUGGACGUGCGGCGCGUGCAGAGUGCUUGUGCCUGCUGUGGAGGUGGGCGGAAAUCCUUGCUCAUGUCCGGGCCAAGGCGGCGUGAAAAUGCGAUGCAGCGAGACGAGACUCCAAUGAGGGCUGCCACACAAAUGUUCACGAGGGAUACUCAUUUUGUUCCCUUGCGGCAUAGUUUGAAGUCCUCCGAGCGCUUGCGGUCUGUGCCCGGCGCUGCGUCUCGAACCUCACUGGCACAGUCACCGCCAAGGAGCCGAGAGCAAAAGAUCGAAAUGAAUUCAGCGUCGGCCCCUGCUGGGCGUGCGCGGACUGUGUCCCCGCACGGAGUGCCAGUAGGUUAUGUAUACCAUUCACAUGUGGGCUUCGAUCGCGCAAAGACGCCUUUGCACUUCAACAUCCCGAUGCCUUAUGCCCAUGAGGCGGGCUACCCGAUGUCAGUCUCUCCACUUCGCUGGGAGGGUGCCAUCUCUACGCCAGCCACUCCUGCGACACCCAUGACCGCCCCAACGCCUGCAACUCCACUGACCACUCCCAUGACCUCGCCGAUGAUGCGACAGCGACUGUGCGUGUCUCCUUGCAGAACCUCAAGGGCUACACCUUUGAUCCAAAGGCCUGCUCCAGUGUCCCCACGCGCUGUAGAGAAGCUGUUGGCGGUGCGUGCGCCUCUGCGUGAUGUCAGAUUCGUCGCGAAGGAGCCUUCCGAGGCGACCACCCCGCAGGCGACCACGCCACAAGUUCCGACACCUGCGCCAAGAGGUGUGUUGAGAAUUCCAGUUGGUUUGGAACUGGAUAAGACCCCGACUCCUUCACGGAGCCCUGGUCAGGUGAGCAUUCCAGGAGAUCGUUGUUAUUUGUUCCGAUGGCGACAAGCCACAGAUGACAGGUGCUUUGAAGGAAUUGAGCUGGGCGUGGGAGCCAUCAAAGGUGGCCAUAUUGCGAGGGAUGGGCGCGUGGAGUGGUGCACCCAAUCUCAGCGAUGGCAAGGCCAACUUGACCCCACAGGAUGGUGCAUCAGAGAUGGGCACUACUUCAGCAUAGCCAGUGGGGAAUGUUUGGGGGAGUUUGCCGCAAUGCGGCAAAGGGAAGCAGAAGCCGUGGCACCAAUGGAAUCCUGCACCAACAGGUCCAACGCGGAGUUCCAAGAUUGGGCAGAUGGCCUUUUCUUUUCCUUGGACCGCGAGGGCAAGGAGCAGCUGUUAGACGCUGACGGACAGCAGGUGAUGAUGGAAUGGGAGAAACCCUACGUGGAGAAGUGUGUGGAUGAAUUGCAGAUUACCAGUGAAUGUGAUGUUCUGGAGAUUGGUUUUGGAUGCGGAUACAGCGCCAGCCGCAUUCAGCGCUUCCAGCCACGAUCCCACACCAUCAUUGAGUGCUCUGAAGUGGUGCUUGAACGUUUGAAGCAGUGGGCUGCCUCAAGGCCCAAUGUGCAUAUUGUCGCUGGCACUUGGCAACAGCGCUUACCCCACCUGGGCGUGUUUGACUGCAUAUUCUUUGAUGAUUAUGGCCAACCGGGCAUUUCAGACAGAGAGAUGCUUCUGAAUUGCCCCAAUGAGCAGUAUAAGGAGAUCUAUACUGAAUCUCCUACACAUUUUCACGCGUUCUUGGACAUCGCCUUGCAGUACCAUUCUCGUCGUGGCAGCCGGAUCUCUGGGUACUUGGUAAGCCCCAUUGUGGUGGACCGGGAUGAUGUGGAAAUCACCUAUGGGUCUUUUGACGUGCAUCCACCUGAGCAUUGCAACUACUACUUUCGCAAUGAGGCGGUGGUUCCCGUUUUUUCCAAGACUGAGAUACACAGCGAAGCAAGCACGCGGAGUCCCAGUCCUGAAGAAUGUGCUGAGCAGUAA